AUGCUUCGCCGCGUCAGUCAGCGUCUUGGCAAUCACGCACGGCAGUAUCACAUCGUGGAUCACACCUAUGAUGCUGUCGUCGUCGGUGCUGGAGGUGCUGGUCUUCGUGCAGCUGUGGGCUUUGCUGAGAAUGGUUUCAACGUCGCUUGCAUCACCAAGCUUUUCCCCACUCGUUCGCACACUGUUGCUGCACAGGGUGGUAUCAAUGCAGCUCUCGGGAACAUGACCGAGGAUGAUUGGAGAUGGCAUUUCUACGACACGGUCAAGGGCUCUGACUGGCUUGGUGAUCAGGACGCGAUUGAGUACAUGUGCAAGGAAGCCCCUCGUGCAGUGAUAGAAUUGGAAGCUUACGGCAUGCCCUUCUCAAGGACAGACGAGGGAAAGAUCUAUCAGCGCGCAUUUGGUGGGCAGUCCCUCAAGUUUGGCAAGGGAGGACAAGCGUACCGCUGUGCUGCAGUUGCUGACCGAACUGGGCACUCCAUGCUCCACACUUUGUAUGGACAGGCGCUGAGAUAUAACACGAUGUUCUUCGUUGAAUACUUUGCGCUCGACCUCAUCAUGGAUGAUGAUGGAAGCUGCCGUGGCGUACUUGCUCUUUGCAUGGAGGAUGGAACUCUUCAUCGAUUCAGAGCUCACAACACCGUUCUUGCUACCGGCGGCUACGGCAGAGCAUGGUUCUCUGCCACAUCAGCCCAUACUUGCACUGGUGAUGGCAAUGCUAUGGCGACUCGUGCUGGUCUCCCUCUUCAGGAUCUUGAAUUUGUGCAAUUCCAUCCCACGGGCAUUUAUGGUGCUGGUUGUUUGAUGACUGAAGGUUGCCGUGGUGAGGGUGGAAUCCUUCGUAAUAAGGACGGCGAAAGGUUCAUGGAGAGGUAUGCGCCAACUGCCAAGGAUUUGGCCUCAAGGGACGUUGUCUCGAGGUCCAUGACCAUCGAGAUUCGUGAAGGUCGCGGCUGCGGUCCUAACGGAGAGUGGAUUCACCUGCAUCUUGAUCAUCUUCCUCCAGAGGUGCUUCAUGAGAGAUUGCCUGGCAUUUCGGAGACUGCCUCCAUUUUUGCGGGCGUGGACGUUACCAAGCAACCUAUUCCUGUUUGUCCCACCGUUCAUUACAACAUGGGCGGUAUCCCAACGAACCAGUAUGGCCAAGUCGUCACGAAGAAGGGCAACGAUAACUCUUCCAUUGUUCCUGGUCUAUAUGCUGCGGGAGAGUGUGGCUGUGCGUCCGUCCACGGAGCAAACCGCUUGGGAGCCAACUCCCUUCUUGACAUCGUGGUGUUCGGCCGUGCUGCUGCGCUCCACGUCAGUGAGAAUAGCAAGCCGGGAGAGAAACAUAAGCCCCUUCCUGCAAAUGCCGGAGAGCAGUCGAUUGCAAACCUGGACAAGUUGCGCUAUUCGAAUGGCUCUUUGAAGACAGCGGAGUGCAGAUUAGGCCUUCAGAAGACUAUGCAGCGUGAUGCUGCUGUUUUCAGAACUCAGACCUCUCUGGAAAACGGAGUCAAGGCUGUCACUGAGCAUUACAAACAGUUCCAAGAUGUCAAGAUCACCGACCGCAGCUUGAUCUGGAAUACUGACCUGAUCGAAACUUUGGAGUUGCAGAACAUCCUGGACAAUGCAAUGAUCACCAUGUAUGGUGCGGAGGCAAGAAAGGAAUCUCGCGGAGCUCAUGCCAGGGAGGACUUCCCUGAGCGUGAUGACACAAACUGGAUGAAGCAUACUGUAGGAUGGAUUGACAGCAAGGGAAAGGUAACUCUCGACUACAGACCUGUAGGUACAACUGUGCGCGAGCCUGACAAUUCUCCUGUUCCCCCUGCCAAGCGUGUUUACUAGAAACAUUCGCUUCAACUUGGCAUCACUAAGAUAGACUUUCUUCUGUCGAUGAGUGGAUUGAAACGUGUGUG